AUGCGACCCUUCGCCCCUCAUUUUGUCCUUACAAGAACUCUUGGCCUGGCAGUCAUGCAGGCCGUUCAGACCUUGAUUAUCCCGCGUCCCAACCUAGAAGGGCCCUUUACCGUCUAUGCUCUCCAGUACAAUGGGGCCGCAGUACCUCAAUACUAUGUCGAGGCAUCAAAGUCAAAGCCGAACCUUAUAAUCUCUCGUUUCCAAUCCGCUCCCGCUCCGCCUCCACCACAGCCGAUGGGAUAUGGACAUGGACAUGGAUAUGGACAACCGCCCUACUAUCAACCACCUCCCCAACCGCAUGGUUAUAUGCCAGCAAACCCUUACGGCCAUUACUACCCACCACAGCCAGCCGCACCGCCACCAUCACAGGUGCGAGUAGGCACCGUCGCUGUCUCCUCGCUCUCGUCCAAGAUCAACCUGUCCAUUCACAACAUCCCCGAGCUUCAAAUGAAGCGGCCCGAUAUUCUAUCCUCCGGGCACCGAUUCCCCCAUCCGCGUUUAGGUAACCUGGAGUGGAAGGAGGAGGACUUGUUCAAGAAGCGCUUCAAAUUGGUGGAUCAGAACAAAACGGUGUUGGCCCGGUUUAGUAAAUGGAAAACCCAGCAGCCAAAUACCAUGUUACCAGAUGGAAAGAAGUAUGCGUUUCUGAUCUAUAUUCAGGCGGAUCCGGAGUUGCUGGAUUGGAUUGUCGUGAGUGGAUUGGGAGCCGUGGAAUAUCGCAUCAAAUCAGAUAAGGACUUCGAGAAAGCGAUGAAAGGGUCUGAUGACGACGAUGGUGGCUUUUUGUUUGGUUAG